GGGCUUCUAUCCUGUGGAGAUCGAGGUCCGGUGGCUGAAGAACGGGCGGCCGGAGGAGGAGGGCGUGGCCUUCGGGGAGGAGCUCCAGAAUGGAGACUGGACCUACCAGCUCCAGGUGAUGCUGGAGACCCAGCCCCAGCGGGGGGACAUCUACACCUGCCAGGUGGGGCACGCCAGCCUGGAGGCUCCCAUCACCGUCCAGUGGGAGCCCCGUUCCUCCAACUCUGCCAGGAGCAAACUCUGGACGGGGAUCGUGGCAGCCAUGAUUGGGGUGAUCUUCUUUGCCAUGGGGCUCUUCCUCUAC